AUGCAAGCCGCCCGAGCUUCUGGCGUGGGAGCGCCUUCUUCACAAGCUCCAGCCUCGCCGCCUCGCCAGAAGCCCUCGACACUGGCCUCCAUUGCCAUACAAUCCUUUGCUGCCUUCCGCUCCCAGACAUCGUCACAGCCUGUCCCUAUCGCAGUCCAGUCGCCGGUUCGACGCAAGCCUCUACCAGCAGACUCGCCCGUCGCUGCUCGAUUUUCCCAGUCGAGCCUGCGCUCUAAUAGCAUCACCGCCAAAGAUCGUCCGCCUAAUUCAGUACUCUCGCCACCGUUGACCGACGAAGGCUUAUUUGUGCCCAGGAACCUCGACAGCAACCCACACGGAACCACUCCUCUGACAGGAACUGCGCCAAAGCCUUUUGAGCCCCGCAAAAGCUCCCUCUCAGUCACGACUCGCAGCCCCGCCGUGAACUCUCCGCGGCAUGAGAGGUCCGUCAGCAACCUCCAGCCACAAGGACCGACGAGAGUAGGAGAUCUCAAGACGCACGCUCGCUCCCCUACUAUGCCGAACAUGCCCCUGUACGCCUCAGACUCGCGGCCAGAACCGGAUCUGAAGAUCAAGCUCGAUGGUGUCGCUGAAGAUUUCAUGGACGAUUACUCGUACGGCGAAGACGACGCGCCGCGCGACGUUACACAACAAGGCAAGCCCAAGUCCCCCAGCGGUGGAUUCACAUCCUUCUUUGGGUGGAAUUCGUCGAGAAACCAGAACGGUCCCGAGUCGCCGGCUACCACAUUCUCAUUAUCGCCGACCAAUUCGCCGCGGAACAAACAAGGGAACACACCGGCCAAGUCAAAACCUAACGGCCUAGACAUUCCAGCUGCCAACUCAUCGUCUUCCUACUUUAAUGUUCCCGGGACACCACUUCUGUCAUCAUCGCCCCAAAUGAAUGCUCACGUUGAGGAGCUCGAGCGCGAACUGCGCGAGGUGAGCUCAGAGCUCGCCUCUUCGAUCAAGAGAGAGAUGGACCUGGAAGACGAGGUUGAGCGCUGGAAAGCAGAAAGUACUUCAGCUAUGUCACAGGACAACAGAAGAACGAGUGACUACUACUCCGAUUCAGGGAUAAGCACCAUUCGAUUCCCUGUCAGUGAUCCUGAAGCCAAGAUGGAAGAAAUAGACACACAACGCAGAAAGGCAGAGCAAGAGCGUGCAUCCUUGAAGGUGCGCAUGGCUGAGCGACUGCAAGAAGAACUUAGACGUCGUCGCGACCUGGAAGAGCAAGUUCAGCAACUUGAAGAUCAGGUCAGCGACCGGUCCAGAAUAGGAUCUAUGAUUGAAGACCCUCGAGUUAGGGAUUUGUCUACGUCGUUGGAAGAUGCUAAGAGACGUCUGGCUGAGGAACGACAGGUCAAAGAGAACUUCGAGGAUCUACUUUCAGCAUUGCGCGAGGAACUCGAGAAGCACCGCAACGAAGCCGAUCAUCUACGGGAACAAGUGGUCCCCCAAUUGAAAUCUCGCCUCGAGGUUUUGGAAGUGGAGGCUGCCGAUACCGAAAGGCUGGUGUUUGAAACCACACGUAUGCAGCAAGAGAUUCAGCAACUUCGGAGCGAGAACCAGACCCUUGCUGCUGCCAAAAAACUGCACCUGGAGACAACGCCGCUGCCACAGGCCAGCCUUGGAAUACAAUCCAUCGCGGAAGAGGAGAACGACGCGCCGCCACCAACUCUCCGCGUCGGGUUGACACGGUCAAAUUCUUUAGCCCGUAGUACUGGGUUCAAUUCGAAGAGAAAUUCGUUGAUGCGAUCAAAUUCUGUGAAGAAUAGGUCGGGCGACAGCUCUCCCGCAGACGUACCCACUGUCAGCAAUCCCGUGAAGGAACUGGAGGAGCAGCGCGAUGCGCUCCACAAGGCUCUGAAGCAUCUUCUGCAUCGACAGGAGAUGCAGCAAAGAGACUUUACAAAACGUAUAAAGGAGCUUGAAGCUGAAAGAGACGCUGCUCUCAAUCUUACGCCCCGUCGGACCGCAUUCCAUAGAGAGGUCGGUGAUCUCAGACAAGAGGUAGACGCCCUUCGGCAACGCGCCGACGAUGCAUUAGAGCAGAAAUGGCAAUGUGAGAAAGGUCUUGGUGGACUACGUAUGGAUCUCGAUCGCGCGCAACAAGAGACAAGCUCUCUCCGUGAGCUGCUUCGGGAGCACGACAUCACCAUUCCUGAAAUCCGCCUAGAGAACGAACCCAUUUCUCUAGACAAGGCAUAUAACGAGCUGCAAACGACACAAGCACUUUCCAUCGCACGCAUCCAGCAGUUGGAGUCUAGCAACAACGACUCCUUGGGCGCCGCCGGUGCUGAAGCUGAGAGAACUCUCGAUCUAUUGAAGCGCAGCAUCUCAGAUGCCGAGGCGGAGCGAGAUUUUGCUAUGAGCGAAGCUGCAGAGUACCGCAAGCAAGCACGACAAUUGCAAAAGUCAGAGCUUGAACACAUCGGCAAAGAACAGAAGCUCAGCGUCGAGUUGUUUGCUGCUGCAAAUCGCAUGGACGAGCUGUCCAACAGGAUUCAACAGCAAUUGGAGGCCAACGGCUCUCUACGAGCACGCUUGACUGAUGCUAUCUCUCGAGGAGAAGAGGAACAGCAGAAGUCAACGGAUCAGAUCAUCGAACUCGAACGACGUUUGAAGACCGCAGAGGACAAAGUCAUGCUUGCCCAACAGUCAUCCGAAGAGGCCAUUAACAAACACGAGCUAGAGGUGCAAUCUCUGAAAGAGAGCCAAAACAGCCAGCUGCGUCGCGCCAAGUCUGGUUUGUUGAGCACGUCUGCCUUCUCACCCAACAUGCCGUCGUCGCCAGUGUUCUCUCAACGAUCACCCCGCCUUGAUAUGACCACAAGCGGUCCUGCCAUGACCAUGGCCGAAGCGACCAAGACAGAACUGCUCGAGAAGCGUGUCGGGGAGCUCGAGAGAGCUCUCCGAGAUGCUGACCGCGAGAUGGAGGAAGUAGUCAGCCGUAUGAACAUUGCUCAGAUUGAGGUUGCUGAGUUGCAAUUUGAGAAGUGA